AUGGAUUUCAAAGACCUUUUCCCUGAAGCUGCUGCUCCCGUGUCCUCUCCUUCCAUUCCAGAAGCUUCAAAGGUUCCCUCAGUUGAUUUAGCUCCUCCUGCUAGAUCUUUUACCCAAGCUCUUAAAGGGGUUUGUGACAUCCCUUUCUCUCAAUUUCCACCUCCGGUCAUCAAAGGAGAUCGUCCCUCCAUUACUAUUCCUGAAGAUGAAUAUAAAGCAGGGUUAAAUGACUGCAAAAACAACCUCCAUGGCCGUGUCCUUUGGCCCAAAGGUUCUUCACCACUCACUGUGGCGGCUAUUCGAGUGAAGCUGGCUUCUUUAUGGUCUGAUGUGAAACACUGGGGAAUUCUUUCUCUUGGUAAAGGUUUCUACGAGCUUACCUUUUCUUGUGCUGAAGAUAUGCGAAGAGUGCGUGCCUCUGGAGCCAUCAACUUAAAUCCUGGUAUGCUGAAGCUCUUUGCUUGGUCUAAGGAUUUCAACCCGUCGCUGCAGCAUAACACAGCUGCUCAAGUCUGGGUCAGGUUUUUUGGUCUUGCGCAGGAAUAUUGGAGGCCCCGUAUUCUGUUUGCAAUUGCUAGCUGUGUGGGUACACCGAUAUGCAUUGACUCUGCAUCUUAUAAAUCCAGAUUAGAUAGGACUUUUGGGCAUUUUGUUAGAGUUCUUGUUGAAAUGGAUUUGACUCAACCAUUACAUCAUAAUGUACUUGUAGAACGUGAAGGUUUUGCGUUUUUCUCGGACAUAGAAUAUGAGAAUAUACCGGCUCUUUGUUCCCACUGCAAAAAGACGGGUCAUGAAGUGCAGGACUGUAAGUUCUUGAGAAAAUCUAAUUCCAAUCAGAUCUCUAAAGCUAAGGUCUCGGUUGUCCCUAAAACUAGCGGGAAUCUGAUUAUUGAUCCGGAAAUUCCAGUUCCUGGUGAUGCUUCUAUUGCAGCUAAAUCUAAAGAGGGAAUUUCGGACAACACUGUGGUAGCAGAUGGGGUUGAGGAUCCUCAAAUUAGGAUCUUAGACCCGGUGAUUAAUAACAGCUCCCUUGAAAUAGUUGUUGCUGAUCCGGUUCAUCAGAAUUCCAGUAAUUUUGUUUCUCAGGUGCCAGUGGAUUCAGAAUCUCAGGUUUCAUCUUUUGUUGAUGCUACACAAAAGAGGUUGGGCUUGGACAAGGAGGUCGACGCCGAUUUUCUUCAGGAUUCUUGGGGCAACCUGGAAAAUCAGGAGAAGGGUGAAGGUGCCUUCUCUGCUGCCAUCUCAAAUCUUAACAAGUCACAGGGUACUAAAAAAAGCAAAAAUAUCCCACAAGGUCCCAAGCAGGCCUAA